GGACAGCUGCGCAGACUGAGCGCGGGCCGGCAGGGAAGCAGGGGUGCAGAGAGGAGCCCCGGCACCAUCGCCGCACCCUAGGGUACGCUUGGCACCUUCGCUGCACUCCAAGGCACCCACCAUGGCGCUGGGCUUGGAGCAGGCAGAAGAGCAGCGGCUAUACCAGCAAACGCUGCUGCAGGACGGGCUCAAGGACAUGCUGGACCACGGCAAGUUUCUGGACUGCGUGGUGCGCGCGGGGGAGCGCGAGUUCCCGUGCCACCGCCUGGUGCUGGCCGCCUGCAGCCCCUAUUUCCGCGCGCGCUUCCUGGCCGAGCCCGAGAGCGCAGGCGAGGUGCGCCUGGAGGAGGUGUCGCCAGACGUGGUGGGCCAGGUGCUGCACUACCUGUACACGUCGGAGAUCGCGCUGGACGAGGCGAGCGUGCAGGACCUGUUCGCCGCGGCGCACCGCUUCCAGAUCCCGUCCAUCUUCACCAUCUGCGUGUCCUUCCUGCAGAAGCGCCUGUGCCUCGCCAACUGCCUGGCCGUGUUCCGCCUCGGCCUCCUGCUGGACUGCGCGCGCCUGGCCGUGGCCGCGCGCGACUUCAUCUGCGCGCGCUUCUCGCUGGUGGCGCGCGACGCCGACUUCCUGGGGCUCUCGGCGGACGAGCUCAUCGCCAUCAUCUCCAGCGACGGCCUCAACGUGGAGAAGGAGGAGGCGGUGUUCGAGGCGGUGAUGCGCUGGGCGGAGAGCGGCGACGCUGAGGCCCGCGCCGAGCGCCAGCGCGCGCUGCCCACGGUGUUCGAGAGCGUGCGCUUUCGCCUGCUGCCGCGCGCCUUCCUGGAGACCCGCGUGGCGCGGCACCCGCUGGUGCGCGCCCAGCCCGAGCUGCUGCGCAAGGUGCAGAUGGUGAAGGACGCGCACGAGGGCCGCGUGACCACGCUGCGCCGGAAGAGGCGGGACCAGGGCCAGGAGAAGGGGGCGGAGCAGAGUGCCGCCCCGGAAGAGGCCCGGGCCCGGGCGCCGGCGGCGGAGGAAGAGGACGGAGAGGCCGCCGAGCGCGUGCUGCCCGGCGUCCUGAACGACACGCUGCGCUUCGGCAUGUUCCUGCAGGACCUCAUCUUCAUGAUCAGCGAGGAGGGCGCGGUGGCCUACGACCCCGUCGCCAACGAGUGCUACUGCGCCUCCCUUUCCGCACAGGUCCCCAAGAACCACGUGAGCCUGGUCACCAAGGAGAACCAGGUCUUCGUGGCCGGGGGCCUCUUCUACAACGAGGACAACAAGGAGGACCCCAUGAGUGCUUACUUCCUGCAGUUCGACCACCUGGACUCGGAGUGGCUGGGCAUGCCGCCGCUGCCCUCGCCUCGCUGCCUCUUCGGCCUGGGAGAGGCGCUCAACGCCAUCUACGUGGUCGGCGGCCGCGAGCUCAAGGACGGCGAGCACAGCCUGGACUCCGUGCUGUGCUAUGACCGGCUAUCGUUCAAAUGGGGCGAGUCGGACCCACUGCCCUACCCUGUUUACGGCCACACGGUGCUGUCCCACCUGGACCUCGUCUAUGUCAUUGGGGGCAAGGGCAGUGACAGGAAGUGCCUCAACAAGACCUGUGUCUAUGACCCCAAGAAGUUUGAGUGGAAGGAGCUGGCGCCCAUGCAGACGGCCCGCUCGCUCUUCGGGGCCACCGUGCACGACGGCCGCAUCGUCGUGGCCGCGGGGGUCACGGACACAGGGCUGACGAGCAGCGCUGAGGUGUACAGCAUCGCAGAUGACAAGUGGUCACCCUUUGAGGCCUUCCCGCAGGAGCGCAGCUCCCUCAGCCUGGUCAGCCUGGCGGGCACCCUCUAUGCCAUCGGUGGCUUCGCCACGCUGGAGACCGAGUCUGGAGAGCUGGUCCCCACAGAGCUCAACGACAUCUGGAGGUACAACGAGGAGGAGAAGAAGUGGGAGGGUGUCCUGCGGGAGAUCGCCUACGCAGCGGGCGCCACCUUCCUGCCCGUGCGGCUCAAUGUGCUGCGCCUGACCAAGAUGUGACCCCGUGCGCCCUGUGGGCUCGGGGAGGAGGCCGGGAGAGGCGGAGCUGCCGGGGCCCACGGUGGGGCCAGAGGGCUGCCACGGCCAGCCCGGCUCUCGAGGUGAGGACUUUGGCCCCUCCGGGGUCACCAGGCCUCCUCUGCCCCCCUGGGUGCCCAGAGCCAGAGCCACAGGGAGGAAUCCGGGCAGCGCCCCAGCCUGUCGCUGUGUGCCGCUGGCGUCCCCGCCUGCCAGAUGGGGCGUCCCCGACGCGCGCACCUGAAGCCCGUGGGUCCGCAUUGUUGAGGAGAUAAAGUGGCCCAGGCUCCGGAAUCCACUGCCAGGGGACAGUCACCGGCAAGCAGU